AGUAAGUCCCAGCACCCGAACUCUUCAAACUCAUCUCUUCAACUUCUCUUCCGUCAUCAUACUUGACUAUGUUCUUACCGACCCUCGUCUCUCUUUUUUUCAUAUCUUCGGCAACAGUCCGAGCUUCUCCAUGCGUCGCUUUUGAUGCCAAUUGGAACCUCCUUGCUUUCAACCUCAACGGCAAAGACUGGAACGCGGGCACCCAAGACACCUGGUCCAGCAGUCAGUUUCUUGUCAUUAUGAGAACUAGAGGCCUAACAUUCUGUUUAUGCAGGCACUGCAGCCACAGACAUCACAACAUCCAACCGACCGUCAGUAAUUUUCGGCAUCCAUACAUCACGCUUACAUUUUUCCUCCACAGGCCAUUUGAUGCAGCUAACACUACAUGCUACCUCUCGCAGUAUGCCAACGCGAUCUACGCCAUUAAUGCCGAUUCCAAGAAUCCUUCCUCUCUUUACAUCUACAAUGCGGCUGCAAAAUCAUGGUCCAUGCAAGCGGUCAAUGCUGGUUCUUUCGACUACACGUCUUUUGAUGCUAUUCUGGACCAUGACACGAACGUCUUCUAUGCAUUGUCACAGGGAAACCUCUUCUCCCUAGACAUGGGUUCACUUAAUGCGGCCAAUAGUACACCAUUAAGCUGGACUAACGAUGAACAAGUGCCGUACCCCUCGGAUUACGUUCCAGUCAUGGCUCUUGCACAAAAUCACAUUCACUUCCUAGACGUCCCCAACGUCCCUGCUGGGAGCGCAGACAUUUUCGUCAUUCAUUACUCCUACUUCCAACCGCAGUCUCAAGCCUACCCGCUCCCAGAUGGGAGCGCAUUCCCUACCACUUACGGCCAAGUUGCCUCAUUCUUCCAGGCGGACAACACAGUUCAGCAAGAGUUCGCCUUCAUUCCCGCAGAUUCCUCUGCCACUUACGUUGUCAAUGUUGAGACAAACACCACUCAGGCCCUAGCAGCGCCCGCCACCAAAGACUCCAAAGCAACAUACUUUGCCGGUGUCACAGCUCUCGUGCAGCUCACAAGCAAUGGCACCGUGUCUUACCUCCCUUACCUUGAGGGUAACACGAGUACGAACAUCGCUGCAACAUGGGCUACUGUGAGCAACCUCGCGGCAGCUGCCCCACCAUCGUCAUCAUCCUCUUCGAGCUCCAGCGGGUCGAGUGGCAAUACCUCCGGCUCACACAGCACGACCAGUCCAAGCACCACCGCAUCUGGAGCCGCUUUGGGCGCAAGCGUGCAAUACAGCGUAUUCAUCACUUGUGUUCUGUGUUUCGCUGCGUUCGCGGUAUGAACACUACUAUCCUUUUUUUGAACGAUGAUGCUACAACUUCAUACGGGACCUUUCACACACAUAAUUGGAGUACCCG